CUUGUGUUGUUUGUGCGGCUCGCCACCAAAGCCGAAUUCAGCCCCAGAGCUCAUCCCUUAUUGUUCGCUGCCUCCCCUGCACGCUUCCACUGCAAUCAAUCGUCGGCACGCCAUCCCCGCGUGCUAUUACGCCUUAGGAAUCAUUGGCAUCGCCUGCACUCCUGCUCCUCGGAUUCUUCAGAGUCUGGAACCAAGCGCGCUGUAGAGAGGAGAGGAGAGGAAAUGAAAGGAGUGAGAGGAUGACCGGGGUGGGAGAAUGAGUGGGACGAGGGUGGUGCGAUGGCGUGUUAGAAUUUCAGCGGUGCGGGGGAGAUUGUUUAUUUUUAUAUUUUUAUGCGGGAUGGAGAAUUUGAGUUGGAAUUCGAGCGAUGGAGCGUGGUGAAUCGCAGGAUGCGAGUUUUUAUUUUUGUUUAUUUUUGUAGUUUUGUGAUCGAAGUUCAGCGCCGUGGUUGUAGGGUUCUUGAGUUGUGAUAUUGAGGGCAUGUUGAAGGUGUAAUUGAAGGAGGAUUCUUAGAUUAUAGCAGCGCGGCGAUUCGGUUUGAAUUUAGAUCAGUUGUCGGUUGACAGAUUCGUUCCUGAUUUGCGUGCGGAAGAUUUGAGAGGAAACUGAUGGCCUUUUGUAGUGCAGCGAUAUUCUAGAUUUGCGAAUUUGCGAUGCAGGCAGUCUACAAAGGCCAUUGUAGGAUUGAAUUGCGUGAUUGUGGCAGCAAGCACGGUCGGAGUACUAGGAAUACUGUUAUAAUCUUUCGAAUCUCAGCGUAGGGCACGUCAGAAGGUGCUGAUUUUUCUUGAAUCGGGUAGCUAUGGCAUUUCCUGAAUAUUCGACACACUUGUUACAAGGUGGAACGGCGAGUUGAUUUCUGCAGAUGUGCUCAUCACCUUCAAUUGAAGUGUUCAGAAUAUUCUGCGGGGGGGUGGUUUUGCUCUGGGACAGAAUCGAAGAGAGAGAGGCACGAAGCGUUUAGUUGUCCUGACAGGUAUCGAACAGGUUUUGGAUAUGGAGUAUGAGAAUUCCAGCAUCGUACCAACUGAGUUUAGCAUAUCCUAUUUGGGAGAGUACUUGUACUCCAUACUAUCCAAGAGAGUGGAAGAUGCUUAUGAUGUGUUGUAUAAAAUUGUUCGAGAGUGGAGUGUAGACUUUGCUGUGCAAAAGUUGCUCAACCUCAUGGUUUUGAUCAAUCCUUGCUUGAAUCGUCAUCGACGAGCUCAGCUCGAGCCUUUGUUGACCAGAUCUUUGGACCAGCUAUUAUGGCAACGGGCCAUGGAUCCCCGAGUCAUGAGGGGACUUAUCACUUUGGCAUGUCCUAAUCAAGACACUGCUCUUUUAUUUGGUUAUCUGAUGGAAAUCAUUGCUGGUCUUGUUUGCAAUAACCCAACACUUGAAGAAAAUUCAAAGAACAUUGAUGUUGAGGCUGCAUCAUCGAACACAUUGCAAAUACCUCACGAAAAGGCGAAGGUGGCCCAGUGUUUGUACCAGAACUACUGCCUUCAGCAAGUUUACGUUGCAGCAAUGCCAUCGUUGGUGAGAGAAGCUGUACUUACAGCCUUGAUGGGAGGUUCGGAAGUUCCAUUGUUGGGGUCGGGGUUUUUCGACGGUUCUCCAAGUGGUCUCCAACAUGCGGCUCCUAUUUGUUGCAUCACUUUAGAGCCUCUCUUGUGCCCAGAUGGCACGAUUGCGCCUGAUGUUGUGGCAGUGAUACAACGUAGUUCAACACUCAGCACACAACAUGCUUUUCUGUACCGGGGGCGUGCACUUUUCGAGUGGCUUAGCUCUUCUCCAGUUCCCAAGAGCCCAGAAACGCGAGCUAUGGUCUUGCCAACUGACAUAUACAGAUUAUCUUAAUCGUGCUGAAGACGAUCCUUUCUAUUUGUGCCCGUCAUCAGCCUUACUCGUCUCUUUCCUGCAGGUUGCAAUGUUUGGCCAUCAUACUCGUCAGAAUAGUGGAAACUUGGAAUCGCAAAUUUCACUUGGCUGUUGAUAAAGAGAGGACUGCAGGAAGGUCAGCAGCUUCAUAUACCAUUUAGAUUGUACUAUAUACUUCAUAGAUUUAGCACCUUAAAAUUGUGCUGUUCACAGUUGGCAAUUUCCUCAAUUUGCCCAAUUUGCCCAGUGGGAGGUGAAAUUGUAUAGAUUACCACUUAUCAUUGAUUUAGAUUGAGAAGACAUUGUUGUGUCCAGCUCUAAGGGUUUGCAAGCAACAGUAUAGUACCCACGCAGCUGGUGGGUUUUUUAAAGAAUGACUGGAAUCCCCCUCAUUUAUUUUUAUCGAUCGUCAUUGUUAGUGAGAUUUGGAUAAUAGACUAGCAAAAAUUAUCCACGUCAAGGUCUUCACGUAGUAAUGCAGAUCUUCUGUGAGUAUCAUUGUACAACUCUAUGAUUAUGUAAUGUGUAGAUUAAAUCCCAAGUUGAGCUGAGAAAUACUACCUUCGUAUAGUUCACCAUCA